AUGCCCGACGACAUCUCGAGAAAUGCACAGUCCGGAUCAAGUAAACGCAAGCGUGGCUCGACUGCCGCGGGUUCAGGAGCCAAGGAGGACACUGGUACGAAGAAGGCUCGCACGGGAGCAGGUAGUAAAGCAAAGGGGAAGAAGAAGCAGUUGGAAGCGAGAGUUUGGCCGGAGUACUUCAAUACCCUCUUCAAGGUAUUCAAAGCACUCAAUACUGUGCUUGCAUUUUGCUCGUCCCGUAAGAACUUUGCCAUCACAUUUCCUGUUGUCCGCGCUUCUGUGGAAGCACUUCUUAAACAGCCGCUGGAGUUGGCUCAAGUUGCAGAGCUGAAAGCUCUGUUACCCGACGUUGUAAAGUUUGCAUACAUACCCCAGGUAGAACUUCGCAUUCACGGGGACUCCCUGACGAGGGCCGGCCGUGCACCUUCACCCGACUUUUCAGCCUUCGCCACUGCAGGUGCAUCCGCUACGCGCAUGGCGUCUCUCAAAGACGAGGAUGAGCACGUCUUGGUACUGGAUCUCGUUGAGAAUGCGAAGGGGAAGAAGAGUGCGAACCCGGCCGCUUCCUUCACACUUCCGCCUGCAUUAACACCGGCCCAGACCAAGAAACUCAUUGACAAACGCAACGAGCGUUUUAUCCAAGCAGUUAAUGAGCUCCUCGAGGCUACUUCGAUACAUGAAAAUCCUGUCGCCUUGUUACAGGCUGCAGCACGGGACCAAAUCCCGGUACACCCAUCAUCCAAGUCAGACCCUAGGGAACCACAUGGGCCUGUACCGGAGCCUGAAGAUAGACCUGAGAUAGCUUCUGUCCUAGAAGAGAUACAGAAGCAAGGAUGGUACAAGGAUCAAAUUUGUGAUAGGCGAGUCUUUGAAGAAAAGGAAGGGCAAAUAGCCGUCUUGGAACCACCGCUGUCGGAUAGCAUACGUCAAGCACUAAGGGAUUCCCGCAAGAUUACAUCUCUUUACACCCAUCAGGUCGCUGCAAUUAGUGCGCUCUCUGAGGGCAAGAGCGUCAUUGUGUCUACCAGCACCGCCUCGGGGAAAAGUGUGAUCUAUCAGGUUCCGCUGCUGCGGUUCCUAGAACAGGACCACGAUGCCACUGCUAUGUUCAUAUAUCCUACGAAGGCACUUGCUCAAGACCAGCGAACAGCACUGGAGCAGUUGUUGUUUGCUUGCCCAGGUCUAGAACAUAUAAAGGUCUGCACUUACGAUGGAGAUACACCUCAAGAACAGCGCGCAGGCAUACGUGAAACUGCAUCUGUGAUCUUCACUAACUUCGAUAUGCUGCAUUUCUCGAUACUGCCACACGAAGAUCUUUGGCGCAGAUUCCUCAAGAACCUGAAGCUUGUUGCCGUGGACGAGUUGCACUAUUACUCUAAUAUCUUUGGAAGCCAUGUUGCUUUUGUGAUGAGGCGUUUCCGCAGGGUCUGUUUUGCAGUCGGCAACAGAAGGAUCCGGUUUGUGUCCUGCAGUGCCACGAUCUCCAAGCCGAAAGAACACAUGAAGAACAUUUUUGGGAUCGAGGAUAUCGUAGAAGUCGUAGAAGAUGGAGCUCCUUCCGGUCGCAAGGAAUUCCUUGUCUGGAAUCCCCCAUUGAGGGAUCCUGAGGACGAGUCCUCGGGACGGCUAAGUUCCAUGACGGAGGCAACUCAGCUUAUGAGAUAUCUAAUGGCCCGCGGGGUCCGUGUCAUCCUCUUCUGCAAGAUUCGGAAAUCCUGCGAAUUGGCCAUGAAGGCUCUGAGAUCAGAGCUAGCGGCUGAGGGUCGUUCAGAUAUCCUGGCAAGGGUGAUGGCAUAUCGAGGAGGAUAUUCACAACAGGACCGAAGGAGAAUAGAGAAGGAGGCCUUCUCUGGCAAUCUCUUAGGCAUUGUGGCCACUAAUGCUCUAGAGCUUGGUGUUGAUAUUGGUGUAUUGGAUGCGGUCAUCAUGUUGGGUUACCCGAUGGGAGGGAUCGCUAGUUUCCGACAACAAGCUGGCAGAGCCGGUCGUAGGGCACGAGACGCACUGGCUGUCUUCGUAGCCGAUGCUCUUCCAAUCGAUCAGCACUACGUCAACAACCCCGACGAGCUCUUUGAGAGACCUAUGGAAGAUCUUGUCAUCGAUGUCGAGAGCAAGGUCAUCUUGGAGGCUCAUCUACAGUGUGCAGGCCAGGAAAUGCCAUUAUCGUUCGAAGAUGAAGUCUACUUCGGUCCGUUGAUGAAGGAGCUGUGUGAGACGCGACUCGUGAGAGAUAAGGAAGGCUGGUAUCACACGCAUCCUAAAUUUUUACCCUUCCCAUCCAAGCAUAUUACACUCCGAGGAGGCGAAGAGGAAAAAUACAGCGUCAUCGACAUCACUCAGCUGGGCAAGCCAGACGGCGUCGCGAGAAUUCUCGAAGAGGUUGAGAUUUCUCGAGCAUUAUUUGAAGUCUAUGAAGGUGCUGUGUUCAUACAUCAAGGAUUGACGUUCUUAGUCAAAGAAGUCAGUCAUGAUUCCAAGACGGCCAAGCUUCUGAGAACGAACGUCAACUGGGUUACUGAGCCGAGGGAUUUCACCAAUGUGGAUGCCGUCCAGACUACACGUAUCCGAGAAAUCAAGGAUUCGCCCUUCAGGGCAUUCUAUGGACGAGUGGAGCUGAAGACUGUUGUAUAUGGCUACUUCAAGAUUCGGAAUCGAUCAAUUAUCGACGUCGUUGACCUCGAAACGCCUCCCUGGGAGCGCGACUCGACUGGCAUGUGGAUGGAUGUGCCGAGACGUACAUUAGAACUCAUGAAGCAUUCUGGCAUCAACCCCGCAGAGGCCAUUCAUGCCGCUGAGCACGCUUUUCUGAACCGCUACGCUCUGGGGCGGGACAUCAAAACUGAGUGCAAAGUCCCGGAGAAGGAAUACAAAGCGACGGCAUCGCAGAGGAAACGGCCUGCGCGUCUCAUAUUUUAUGACCCAACUGGCAAGACUGGCGGAGUAACGGUGAAAGCGUUCGACCAUGUUUCCGACUUGCUCCUUGAUGCCCUGCAGACUGUUGAAUCGUGCGAAUGUGAAGAAGGGUGUGCGGCUUGUAUUGACAGCCCCUCCUGCAAGGAAGGAAAUCUCGUAUCGUCAAAGAACGGCGCUCUCAUCGUCCUCAAAGCGAUUCUUGGACGUCCAAUCGAUGUCGAUCUCAUCCCAGACUACUCACCGGAACUCCCAAACACAUUCGACACUGUAGUAGAGGCGCCAGACGUGCGCAUAGCUGAGGGAGUGGAAGUGGAAGCUGCCUAG